AUGGAUAAGUUUGUUGUGAAAACGCCGAGUGCUUCUUCAAAACCGAAAACACGAUCGCAUCUCCCUGUAAAUAUUAGGGAGCUUAAGCAAAGACGUUUUUGAGCGACGCACGUCAACCGGAAGUGAGGCCUUUUCCCUUUUUAUACGCCUGGACACUACCAAAUUUGUAUUGCUGAGUUUCUUUUCUCCUAUAAAGACGAUUUACCUGAGGGUUUCAAUCAAACCACAGCCCAACGCUGCAAAACGUCCACUUCCGGUUGACGUCCGUCGCUCAAAAACGCUGUUGCUUAAGCUCCCUAUUACUGCGAAUGACAGGGCAAGAAAUUAUCCGGAAGGUACAUUUCAUGUGGACGAUGGCCGGUUGUUUUGCUCUUCGUGCAACGUGGUGGUUGAUCACCUUCGAAAGUUUGUGGUGGACAAGCACCUGGAAGCGGCUUCACACAAACGGAAUGCAGAAAAAAAGGACGGUGGGAAGCAGCAAACUCUCAAAACAGUGAUGAACUGCAAAACAGUGGCUCAAGUAGAGAAAGUUCGUAUUUGUCACGAGUGGAUCAAAAUGUGUACCACGGCAAACAUUCCUCUUCACAAGUCGGAUAACUACCUGAUGAGAGAAUUUCUGCAAUCACGUGUUGUUAAUGGUGGAGCCACUCCCAAAUGUUCGCAGCUACGCGACUACUACCUUUUUGAUGUCUAUCAAACAAAAAGGGCUAAUUUGAAAGAGAUCAUCAAAAACAAAAAAGUGGCGCUGAUUGUAGACGAGCUGAGCAAAGAUGAAGGUCGCUACGUACUAGAUGUCAUGGCUGUGUUGUUGGACUUUGACGAGCUUUCCCCCAAUGGCAAUUUUGUGGCAUAUUUGCUGGACACGCAUUUCUUAAAUGCAACUAACAAUAGGACCGUAUCCCAGGCAGUUGUGAAAACCGUACACAAAUACGGCAUUGAUUUUGGUGACGUGUGCAUUUUUAAUUCAGAUAAUGUGUAA